GUUGAUAUGAUUGUGGUAACAGAUGGCAGUAGGAUACUGGGUCUUGGUGAUCUGGGGGUUCAUGGUAUUGGCAUUGCUAUUGGGAAAUUGGAUUUAUAUGUUGCUGCUGCUGGAAUUAAUCCUCAAAGAGUACUUCCUAUAAUGAUUGAUGUUGGUACAAACAACGAGAAGCUUCUCAAAGACCCACUUUAUUUGGGACUCCAACAACAUAGGCUUGAUGGUGAAGAUUACCUUGCUGUUAUUGAUGAAUUUAUGGAGGCUGUUUUUACUCGUUGGCCCCGUGUCAUUGUACAGUUUGAAGAUUUCCAGAGCAAAUGGGCAUUGAAAUUGUUGCAGCGUUACCGAAACACAUAUAGAAUGUUCAAUGUUGAUGUCCAGGGAACUGCUGGAGUUGCAAUUGCUGGUCUUUUAGGUGCUGUUAGGGCACAAGGAAGAUCAAUGAUAGACUUUCCAAGGCAAAAGAUAGUUGUUGCUGGUGCUGGAAGCGCUGGGAUAGGCGUCGUUAAUGCUGCAAGAAAAACGAUGGCAAGAAUGUUGGGCAAUAACGAUUCUGCUUUUGAAAGUGCUGGUAGGCAGUUCUGGGUUGUUGAUGCUGAGGGUCUUAUUACAGAUGAAAGGCCAAAUAUUGAUGCAAAUACGCUGUCAUUUGCCAGAAAGACUAGAGAAAUGGACCGUCUUGGCUUAAGGGAAGGGUCAAGCCUAAUAGAAGUUGUCAAAAAAGUGAAGCCCGAUGUACUUUUGGGAUUAUCUGCCGUAGGUGGCUUGUUCUCUAAGGAGGUUCUAGAAGCCCUCAAAGAUUCAACUUCUACUAGGCCUGCUAUUUUCCCCAUGUCAAAUCCCACAAAAAAUGCUGAAUGCACACCUGAAGAGGCAUUUUCAAUUUUGGGUGAACAAAUUAUAUUUGCCAGUGGGAGCCCUUUCAAAGAUGUGGACCUUGGAAAUGGUAAGAUUGGGCAUUGCAACCAGGGAAAUAAUAUGUACCUCUUCCCUGGCAUUGGCCUUGGUACACUCUUAUCAGGUGCGCGUGUCAUAUCAGAUGGCAUGCUUCAAGCCGCUGCUGAAUGCCUUGCUGCAUAUAUGAAAGAAGAGGACGUUCUUAAUGGAAUCAUAUAUCCGCCAAUAUCCAGCAUACGUGAGAUAACACAAGAAGUGGCCACUGCGGUAAUCAGGGAAGCAGUGGCACAGUAUCUAGCAGAAGGACGCCCAGGCAUGGAUACUAGGGACCUCGAGAGACUUGAUAAGGUUGCUCCAUGUUCUUGUUGUGAGGAGUUCGCCUGGCACACUACGGCCAUCGCCCUCCCGAGUGUCAAUAACGCUUGUUUGAAUAAGCAGGACUUUGCCCUCCGUAAUUAUAACGCUUGAAGUGUCAAGGAAAAUGUAUGUCGAGGUGAGAUGAGCAUUACAUAUUAAGAGAAGCUCAACUUUAGCUCUGCAUCUUCAACGUUCUUGUGUUUGCCAAGCUUGUGCUUAAGUAUGUGUUUGUGUUGGGACAUAUUUUGCGUGGUUUCUGUGUAUAAUAUUGAUUUUCUGGCUAAAUCUAUAGGACCGUUUUGAAUCACUUCUAUUUUAAAGAAAUAUAAAUUUGGUUGAUGUUGUA